UUCUCAUUCCUCACAAUGGCUAUUCAGUUCAAACUUCGAGACGAGCGUAGCGGUCAGACGCGUCGCAUUUCUUUCCCCAACCAGCCGAUUUGGAGGACUCUUGCGAGCAAGAUCAACACGCUCUAUGACAUACCCUUCGAUAAGAUUGCCGUUACCUACAUUGACGCUGACGACGACAAAGUCACCCUCAGUACCCAGGAUGAGCUCCAGGAUUUCUUUCAGGCUACGCACAAGUCUGGGGAAGUCGUAAAGUUCACGGUGCAGGAUAUGAGGCUCUCCAGGGCUGACCUCGAUGACAAGUCUUUGCCCGAGACCCCUCGCGCUGGGCCUACCAGCCAUCGUGACACCUUCGGGGGUGACCCAAAUCUACCCUUCCAUGUCGACGACGACUGGCAAAGUAUCCGUGUCCCCAACUUUACAAAUAUGUUUAUGCCUCCCGACACGGAGGAACAUGGAUUUGUCGAGUCAGUUCCCGAAAGUCUCGACUCCUCUUCGGAUGACGAUAGCAUUGCCCCGCACCCUCUCGAUAAGGGCAAGGGAAAGGCUUUUGAUUUCUCUUCAUCUGUCUCCACCGACAGUAUUCCGCCUCCAUUCCGCCCUUUCAACACUGACAGAAGUUCCUUGCCUCCCUUAAGCGCCCACUCCACCCCUCACUUCUCAAACAUCGUCCCCUCUCCUCCCAAGAGCAACAAGCCUUCCUCAGUUGCUCCAGUUAUUGGUAACCAGAGCACUCCGAAGGAGGGGGUCUCGCAGGGCAUGAGCGGGCCUGUCGAGUCCGAAGCUCCCAAAGUCAAUAACGAGUCAGUCGCCGACGCCACCCAGACACUGGCAGCCGAAUAUGAUGAUCCACCUCUUGCGCCUCUCGAGGAUGCCCAUCCUACCCCUUCUCUCACGCGCGACGUUGCAUCUGUCAUUGACGCCUUCUCCAGUGCCUUUGCAGCUCACCCAGAGUUGUCCGAGGGCUUCAGGAACCUCAUCAAGAAUGCAGCCAACGGCAGUUACUGGACCGCACAUCGCGAAGCUCUGCACCAGGCCGCCACUGAAUAUUCGCAGGUGGCCAGGACAGAACUUGAGAAGGCUGAAGAGGAAGCUGCCACUAGGGUCUCCUAUGCUAUAGCUCACCUCGCUCGCAUUGUCGCUCAAGCUGCAGGUGUUUCGGUGGAUCCCUCAGCUGCAGGGUCCGGUGAACGAUCUCCCGCGGGAGGAGCGUCUGCGCCUUCCCCAAGGGCUUCAUGGCAUCCUUGGUUCCCUCCAUUCUAUAAUUCUCCUGGUGGUCGUGGUCGUGGAGGUCAUCAUGGCGGUGGGCCUCGCCGCGGUAUUAGCCCGCCUUUUGGACCCCAUGGAUGGGCGCCGCCUCCUGGUGCUCAUCGCCCCGGACCGCCGCCGCCCCCGGGUUCAUUCCCUCCUCGUAUGCAUCGUGAUGGUCCUCCUGGAUUGUCUCCACAUAUGUUUCCUGCACGACCGCCCCUUUCUGGUCACGGAUUCCCUCCCCCACCCCCACCUCCUGAUCACGGAUUCCCAUCCCCGCCUGAUCAUGACAACCGUCAUGCGUUUCCACCUCAUUGGUCAAGGAGGGAACCCCCCCCGCCCCCUUUUGCUGAUUUCCCUUCCCCUAAGUCAACUCCUCAGGAGCUUAGGGCGCAAGUUGAAGCUGCCAAGCUCUUGUACAAGGCCGAGAAAGAAAGGUAUCGUCGGGACCGUGCUGAGCGACAGAGAGCGAAAAUGUGGAGCCACCGUCUUGCCCCUCCUCCUCCAUCACCUCCUCCUGCUGAAAUGUCUAUGGAGGACAGCAUCGUUCCAAAGACGGAGGAAACUGAACCCAUUAUUCCUCCCGCGUCGCCUCCCGUUAGUAUACCUAUUCCUCCAACUCCGCAACUUGUUAGCCAAGCGCGUGGUCGUUACCCCCAGCUCGAGAUGACAGGCGUUCCGCGUCGCGCUAACACGUAUCACGGGCAUACUGUUUCGCUCAGCCCCGCCGAUAGGGCCGUAGGACGGAUCGUCAAGAAGCUUGGCGACAUGGGAUUCACGGAAAAAGGUCACCCUGACAUGACUUUGACAAUUCGCUCCCAUGUUCCUCCCGACGUUGAGGUGACUAAGGAGGUUGAGGAUAAUAUAGUCACUACAUUUAUCGAGGAGCUGGACGCUGGACAUCAGACUCCACCCAAGGCCUCCGGCUCCAAGGCUGUUCCGGGAGCUUGGGAGUGAUCUUGGAGGUAUAUGUAGUUUGGUUGUACGAGUAUUUUGGUUGUAGCAUAUGCGUAAUUUUCUCUUAAGUAAGUAGCUAGGUAACUUGAACUAAAUACAAGGUAAGAACAA